GUCUAAAGUAGUGGCAGAUAGUAAUCCAUUCAACUGAAACCCAGUGGCGCCGUGACGGCUAAAAUACGCACUCAUGCUAGCAGUAUUCAGAGUAGAAGCUGCUCUGAAUUUCACAAUCGCUUAUCGGAUAUCGAAAUCAGUGCCCUACUUUCAGUGGCAGAAAGGCUACUCGUGCGCUAGUAAUAAGAUGGUUGGUGGAAACAAUAACACGAGGCCAAAAUGGAGGGGGGUCUCUGUGCAGGCUUGUUCAGCAGAAGUGACAGAUGUUGAUGUCAAUGUUGAGGUCAAAAGUCAAGUACAAGUCCAUGAUGGCCGUUUGGCUGAAUCAAGUAGUAGCAAGAUGGCGUCUUCUUCGACUGACAAACAUUCAAUCUCUUUGGAGGUAGGGUCUUCCUUGUUUCGCUUCAUCAAAGGAAAAUGGGGUUCUACGCAGGCGAAAAUUGAAGAAGAAACGGGGGCGAGACUAAUAUUUCCACCAUCAAGAAACGAUGAAUCAUUAAUCAUUGAAGGCACUUCUGAAAGCGUGGCUAAAGCUUCCGAAAGAAUACAACUCCUAAUUGAUGAGGUUGUCAAAAGCCCGGCUCUUGACUACUCUCACUUCGUAUCGCUUCCACUGGCUCUACAUCCACAAUUCAUCGACAAACUUAUCGGUUUUCAGAAUUCUAUACUAGGGAUAAACGAUGCAAACUCUAGUGAGGUUUUGGGUGGUAGUUCUAAUAACGACGGUACAAAUGAGGAUGCCACUAAGAUACCUCUCGUAAGUUACCCCCCUAAAUCCACAUCUACAUCCACCUCAAAGCCAAGGACUUCUACAUUAUCCGAACUGGGAAUAGAUAAAUCCAUCUUUAUUAAGCCACAGACAUUUCACUUAACUGUGCUCAUGCUGAAGUUGUGGAACAAGGAGAGAGUCAAUGCUGCUGCUAAGAUAUUCAAGGGAAUUGAAGCAGAUGUAAUGGAUGCAUUGGAUGGCCGACCUGUAUUUAUUAAACUUAAGGGGUUGGAGUGCAUGAAAGGUUCUUUUGCAAAGGCGCGUGUUCUCUAUGCACCUGUUGAAGUAGUAGGUGGCGAGGAUAGGCUUUUGGGUGCCUGCAAGAUCAUCACCGAUGCUUUUAUAAAAGGUGGACUUGUUCUUGAAAAAGACGCCAAAAAUACAUUGAAGUUGCAUGCGACAGUGAUGAAUGUAAGGCAAAGGAAAAGGAAAAAAGAUGACAGAAGAAAGUUUGACUGGUUUGAUGCGCGAGGCAUUAUGGAGCAAUAUGGUUCAGAAGAAUGGGGAGAAUAUGUUUUACCCGAACUUCAUCUUUCGCAAAGGUUUGUGUAUGACGAAAGUGGUUAUUACCAUUGUUGUGCUUCUUUUCCCCUCCCUAAAAACACGCAAGCCGAUUAGUUCGUUAUGUUGUUAGCUCUCUAGUUUCCUUGGGAGACGAAAGUGAUCAACGUCUGAAUUCGGAAAUCGGUUCUAGUGUUAAGAGGUUGCGGCGGAGUCUGAACGAUGAAUAGUUAGGACUGGUUGGUUUGUAAACUAAUAUAAAUGUCUGAAUUUUUGUAGUUGUUUUGUUUUGCCCCUCAAUUUGUUUGAUAAGUUGGAGUUUUUCUAUAUACAUAUGUGGAUUUGCGCAGUUAUAUACAUUUAUACUUGUUCCUAUGUAUUUAUAUUUAUAUA